AUGUCGUCCUCGUCGAGUUCUACCCCAGCUUCUUCUGCACCUGUCGGUGCUUCGACCGUAUACUCCGCCACCCUGGGGCAUCCUGCUAGCGCUAGACCCCAUGCGACUUCCGAGAUUACCAUGGCAAGCGAGGCUGGUCCUGCUCUUGAUAGACGCUCCGGGAGAAGACGAUCUACUGUGACUGGCUCCGAUCGAAAAAGAAGAUUGGUCAAUGCGGAGGGGGAUGUUUGGUCGAGACAGUCAGUAUCCGGGAGCGUGACUGAACCUGAAGGGCGUACAAUAGCAGAGAUGGAUAGCAGGUCUAUCCCAAGUGCGUCGCCGAUGCGACCUGAGAGCUCUGCACCUGGUGCUUCCUACUUGACACCGAUUGAGUUGUCAUUGUCGCCGCCAGACCAGCGUCCUCGGCGGACGAACGACCGCCGAAGCUCAUGGUCACGAGCGGGGAAUGACUAUUUGGAGUACACACGGCCACGGUGGCAGCCUGAUUCGGAGGUGACGAAUUGUCCGAUCUGUGAGACAGCCUUUAGUUUUUGGUACCGGAAACAUCACUGCCGCAAAUGUGGACGGGUUGUUUGCGCGUCAUGCUCUCCUCACCGGAUCACAAUUCCGCGACAAUUCAUUGUUCAUCCUCCGGACACAAAUCGCUCUCGUGCGUCUACACUGAUUCCACCGCGUGUGGCUCCAAUCGUCGAUCUGGAAAGUGACGACUCGGCUCAAUCACCCACUGCCCUUAACCCAGCCCUGGGAGGUGGAGAGGUGGUGCGCUUAUGCAACCCUUGCGUUCCAGACCCAAACCCAGAACCGCUGCGUGGCUAUACAACCAUUCGGGCUCCGGGUGAGCCCCAAUCAGGUUCAGGCUGUAUCCAGGGAGGUUACAGCGCGUCUAACCAAUCUCGGCAUCGACCCUAUCAUUCUCUCUCAUCACCGACCCGACACCCACCAUACGCUGCGAUUCCUGAGAGCUUUUCUGCUCGAUCACCACGCAGGGCAGUGGGGUCGAAUGAAUACCACAUGUAUGGUGGUUCCGGAGGGUCCUUGGGCUCGCGAUUUCAAGAACGACCGAUGGAGUACGGUUCUUUAUCGGCAGCCCGUUUCGCCCCGUCUAUGGUUUCAUCGGGUCGGCCUCUUCCACUGGCACCAGGCAGUGCUAUGUUAUCGGCUGGUCCGUCAUUCGCUACAUCUGCUGAUCAGGAGCUGCGAUUACCUAUCUCUGCUCCCCGUCGUCGUGUGGAUGAGCGAGACCUUUGCCCUAUUUGUGAUCAUGUUCUUCCACCUUUGGAUAUGAAUGGGGCUGAGGAUGCUAGGGAGGCACAUAUCAGGCACUGUAUUGAAAGUCAUGGACCUCGAGCACGCUCCUCCUCUCACAGCAGCAGUAGUAGUCCGGCGGCCCAGUCUUCUCUUCCUGUGCGAAUGAUCGCCUUUACUGCCACAGAGAAGGAUUGCAUUGGACACGAUGGCAGUGUACAGGAGUGCACUAUUUGCAUGGAGGAAUAUGAGGUUAGUCAGCCGUUGGUCCGACUGGAGUGCCUCUGCAAAUUCCACAAAAGAUGCAUUGUUGAAUGGUUUGAACGGAAGAGAGAGUGUCCUUCCCCGCAACUGAUGGAGAUCGAUCCGCGCCUGCGUCCGGGCAGCGGUAAUAGCCCUCCAGAGCGUGCCGGCACAAGCCAUUCUUACCUCCCCUCCCCUACCACUCGACAAGCAGAUACUAGUGUCUUGUCUUCGCAUCCGACGAGCGACUAUCCUGACCCUCCUUCCCAUAUCUCGCCCAGUGAGCAUCUGCAUUCUGCGACCUCGACCUCUAGCGGCCCCAGCUACUACGGUGCCUCAACCGCGCAAUCUCAGUCCAAUCAGGCUUUGUACCAAACCAGCCCUGGAGGCAUAAUUUCUGGCGUGCAUAGGCUCGACUCAGUCGAUCCGAAUGAUCCAUACUCUGAGCUGAAACGACCACGUGCUUGUGAAUCAUGUCGCCAGUUGAAAGUCCGGUGUGAACCAGACAUUAGCAACCCAAAUGCAUCAUGUAAGCGGUGCGCGAAGGCCGGCAGGUCCUGUGUUGUCACGGCGCCAACCCGUAGGCGCCAAAAGAAGACGGAUAGUCGAGUCGCGGAGUUGGAGCGGAAGAUCGACGCGCUGACCGCAAGCUUGCAGGCCUCGCAGGGCAGUGGACCAACAUUACAGGCAGGAUAUCCGGGCCCGGCGCGUGAGGAGCAUAUUGGAAGACGAUGGUUGGGGCCAAGUCACAGCGCCUCGACUGGCUCUGUGCCACUGGAUUCUCCCACCGUACUGGCAGGGAAUAAACGGCGACAUAGUGGAGAGAUCAAGGGUUUAAGGGACAGUGGUCUCGUGGGACCCUCAUUCUAUCGCGCUUCAAGCCCUGGUUCAGAGCAGAUCUUGGAUAAUACGUCUAGGCAAUGGCAAACCCGUCCAAGCCCAGGCUCAGGUAGUACGGCGCCGAAGCCAAAUGAGCCUGUAGAUGUGAUUGACCGAGGCCUUGUGAGCACGGCAGUAGCAUCGGAAGCUUUCACUAGAUACGUGCAUCAUAUGGCUCCUCAUAUCCCCAUGGUAGUCUUCCCUACAGGAACCACGAUGAACGACAUUCGGAAGACCAAACCGGUACUACUCCAUGCCAUCAUCGCUGUAGCCGUGGGGCCCAUUCAGCCUGAAUUACAGAUUCCGCUUAUCGAAGACUUCUACAAAGCCAUCGCGGAGCGCAUCGUUGUGAAAGGUGAAAAGUCGCUAGAAUUGAUUCAAGGGCUUCUCGUGACUUGUAACUGGUACAUACCGCCGGACCACUUUGAGGAACUCAAGUUUUACCAGUUGACCCAUAUGGCUGUGACGUUGGCGAUGGAUAUUGGAAUGUACCGUAGACCGAUGCCAAAGAGCCGUCCGUGGAACUUGGUGAAAGAUCUUAUAUUGAAAAGAUCGCCCUCUCAGGACCCCGAUUCGGCAGAGGCUAGGCGCGCGUGGUUGGGUUGUUAUUUUCUAGCUGUGCAGGUUGCUGCUUCCUUGAGACGGACCCUUCUCGUACGCUGGACUCCGUACAUGGAUGAGUGUGUAGAGAUAUUGGAGAAAUCAGCCGAUGCAUUACCCUCGGACAGAGUAAUGAUACAAUGGGCCAAACUUGUGCAUAUUAUAGAGGAGAUUCAUCAGCAAUUUUGCCCCGACGAUUCCAGCUCCAUUGUUACUUUCUCAGAGCCCAAGAUCCAAUAUACCCUCAAGGUGUUUGAAAAACAAUUGGAACAGCUCCAGAGGGAACGAGGACCAGAGGAGUUUCCUAUAUUUACACAAGCGGAACAUAUUGUCAACCUCUACCUGCACGAGGGUGCUAUGCAUGUGGACUACAUCGAAGAUCAGAAAAGCCCUAGUGAUGACCACUCCAGUCGGACUAGCGCAGCGCACAUGAAUGCGCUAAGCACCUGUCUUACUUCGAUUCACCAAGCCAUCGAUACUAUUUGCUCCAUUGACAUCAAGGAUCUCAUCUCUCUUCCCGUCUUUGCCCUGGCUCGGACAUCCUUCACUGUUGUCGCCUUGAUUAAGCUUUACUCCAUUGUGUCUGCUCCAGAGACUCAUAUAGGACAGGUGAUUGAUGCUACUAGUCUGAAAACAGAAUACUACCUAGACCGAGUGAUCGAGCACUACACGAGAGCAGGCGAACAGGCUGGUGGCCGGACCCCGGCAAAGUUCUCAGUGGUGUUGAGCAUGCUUCGCAGUUGGUUUAUGAAACGCAAAGACCAUGGGUUGGCCUUAAGAGAUGCUUUCGGAGGUGGACUGCGCCCAAUGAACACUAACAACGGCCACUCCAGUCAACCGGCCUCAGAGGAGAAACACCAAACGACGAAAACGGGCACAACUCCUCUACAUCUGUUGAGCGAAGUCGCCAUGGGCGAGCCUCAGAACCUCCCUAGCUCAGGUCCAUGCCCUCCACGGACAGCAGGCUACACUCCCCAGUCAUCUGAACUAGUCAGCCAAACUUCCGCUUCAGACCUCGUGUCGCAACCGCAACCCUCCUUAGGGCCGAGUCCUGCCCCGGCCGCCGAGUCCGACCCCUGGGGCCAGUAUCCACCACCCAACCGGCAAUUCUACCCUCCUUUGACAUCGACGUACCAAGAUAUACCAGCCUCUGGGUAUCCGGAACCCGGGGCUAACAGUAGCAUGGUGAUGCCGUGGCCGGUGCCAGGAUUCUUUGUACCGGAAUUGGGAAUGCAGGUAGGAUUUGAGCCGGAGAACUUGUACGCGCUGGAGAACAUGGUGGGAGACGGGUUUUUCAAUCUGCCUCUGCCGACUGAGGGGACUGGGUAUUAUUAG